AUGCCUCACAACAUUCGACGCGUGGCCGUCAUAGGAGCCGGACCAGCCGGCGCAAUCGCCACAGACGCUCUCGCUAAAGAAGGCGCUUUUGACACGAUCAGAGUCUUUGAUCGCAGAGUUAUAGUCGGAGGAACAUGGGUCUACACACCACAUCUACCACCCAAAGUCCCCUCGCUAGAAGCGCUGGUCAAUGGUACUGCGGAUGAGCCUGUUCCUAUACCAGAGUAUUUACCAGCUGUGACACCAAUUGAUGAGAAGAUCAAUAGCCAUCAGCAGAGAUACUCUGAUUCGCCACUUCAUGAGAAUCUGCACAGUAACAUUGCGCCUGAGAUUAUGAGCUUUACUGAGGAGCCAUUGCCAAACAGACUAUCGCCACAAACUUUGAAAGAGUAUGGUCCGGGUGCGCCUUAUCGGCAUCACACAGUUGUCCGACAAUGGAUCGAAGACAUUUUUAUCCGUGGCGGACAUGAUAGAUUGCUUGAGUUGAGAACUUCAGUCGAGCUCGUUGUCAAGGUGAAGGACGAGUGGGAGGUUACUUUGCGAAAGGUCGUCAAUGGUAGUAAUUACUGGUGGAAAGAGACUUUUGAUGCUGUGGUCGUUGCAUCGGGCCAUUACAACGUGCCUUGGUUUCCACUGGUUGAGGGCUUCUUGGAGUAUGAUCAGCGAUUCCCUGGUGCCAUCGUACACAGUAAGCAUUUCAGAGCAGGUCGGAAUUACAAGGGAAAGCAGCGCGUUAUCGUGGUAGGGGCCUCAGUCUCCUCUGUCGAAAUAAUGUACGAAGUUCUAGACCAUGUCGGUGGUCCAGUAUACGCUUCUGUGCGAGACGAACCUAUCGAGUUUUACGGAUGGGUUCCCUUGGAACAUCCCAAGAUAUCUGUCAAACCAGCCAUCGAGCGCCUAGACCCCAGAACUGGACGUGUCUUCUUCACUGAUGGGUCUUACCUCGACGAUAUAGACCACAUCAUCUACGGAACUGGUUACACGUUCAGUUUUCCUUUCCUCCCUGCUGUCCAAGAGCGUGUCAAGAACUCUUACCGUCGAUUGCCGGGAGUUUAUCAACAUACUUGGGAUAUCGAGGAUCCAACGCUGACAUUUAUCGGAAUGAUCGGAAGUUUCACAUUCAAGGCCUAUGAAUGGCAAGCCGUAGCAGUAGCUCGCUUCCUAGCAGGCCGCUCCAAACCCCUCCCAGGCAUCGAGGAGCAAUAUGAAUGGGAGCGCAAACGCGUUGAAGAAAGAAAAGGAGGAAAGGAGUACUACACCAUCGGUCCCGACUAUGAAGCAUUCUUCGAAUGGUUCAGGGAAAUGGCCCAAGAGCCUGUCAAGGGUACGACAGGACGUAUCUUACCACCAUUUAAUCCCCGAUGGCUGGUGAUCUGGAGUAACAUGUUUCUUCCCAAGUUGGAUCGUUGGAGAUGGAAGAGGCAGGAAGCUGAGUGGAAGCAAGAGUUCAAGGCCAAGCUUUCGAGGAUAUAA